GGCAGCGGCGCGCACGGGGCCAUUUGCAGCGCAGGCAGCCUUGCGAGCGGCCACGGCGCCUGGGCGGGGAGUGAGGCGGCACCAUGGCGCUGAAGAAAGAGAGCAACGCAGUGUCCUUCGACAUGCUGCUGAUCGUGCACUCGGAGAAGCGGCGCGCUGCGCAAAGCACGCACUCGGAGCGGCAGGCGGACCCGGGCGCACCGCCUCAGCGCCGAGGAGGAGGGGUCACAAAUGGAAUACGAAACUGGCAGAAAUUAGAAGAAAACUGCUUGGAUGGAAACCUGGCAGAGAAGCAGCAUCCUCAGCAGACCCAGGUCAUCACUUCCUACGACAACCAAGGGACACAGCUGACUGUGGAGGUCCACCCUCGAGACGCCAUGCCCCAGAUGCUCAAGAAGUUUUCCCUGGCUAAACGUUUACAAGGCGAUAAAAAUGGAAACACAAGACCCCGGCAGCCUGGAGGGAAAGAUGCCCACGCCUACCCCUGGGAUCGGUCCAGCCUGAAAUCCAUGUCCCUGGACCUGCGGCAGUUUGAGAAACUGGAUGCCUAUGCCUCACAGGUGACGGUCAAGAGUGGCCUAGACGAGCUGAUGGACGACCUGCUCCAGGAGGCCCACAGUGACCUGGAGAGGGUCCGUGCCAUCUGGAUCUGGAUCUGCCACCACAUAGAGUACGACAUUGAGGCUGCCCAGGAGAAGGACCGCCAGGCCUUCAAACCCAGCAACAUUCUGCGGACCCAGAAGACCAACUGUGAUGGCUAUGCCGGGCUCUUUGAGAGGAUGUGCAGAAUCGCUGGAGUGCAGUGCAUGACCGUGCCAGGCUACUCCAAGGGCUUUGGCUACCAGACAGGGCAGAGCUUCUCUGGCGAGUUUGACCAUGCCUGGAAUGCCGUGUACCUGGAAGGGAGAUGGCACCUGCUGGACAGCACCUGGGGCAGCGGCCUGAUGGACACCAGCACCUCCAAAUUCACCUUCCUCUACAAUGAAUUCUACUUCCUGACCCAUCCCGCCCUGUUCAUCGAGGACCACUUCCCAGACAACAAGAACUGGCAACUGCUUAAACCUCCUCAAUCCCUGAGGCAGUUCGAGAACAACAUGUAUCACAAGAGUGAAUUCUACAACAAGGGGAUGCUGAGUGCCCACCCGGAGACUCCCAUGAUCAGAACAGUCAACGGGAAGGCCACGAUCACCAUAGAGAGCUGUGCCCCGACGCUGUUCAUGUUCAUGCUCAAUGGCAAGCAGGAGCAUGGGCUGCUGAGCCUCCAGAAGAAUGGGAUGAAGCUGGACGUCUACCCUCCCACCAUGGGCACCCACAAGCUACAGAUCUUUGCCAAAGGCAACUCUGACAUCUACAGCUCGGUGCUGGAGUACACAAUCAAGUGUAACUACGUGGACCUGGGCAUCCGGCUGCCCGCCGAGCUGCACCAGCCCGUGGGCCCCAGCUGGUUCUCGGAGCAGAUGGGCAUCGUGAAGCCGUCCCACCCCGACCCCAUCAUCCACACCACUGACGGGCGCUGCUCCAUCAGCUUCGGCGUGGAGGAGGGCAUCAGCAUCCUGGCCUCCCUGCACGGAGACGAUGGCCUCGUCACCGAGGAGACACAGCGGCGCUACAUCUUCCAGCUGCACCGGGAGAAGCGGAUAGAGCUGAAAGUCCAGCUGCCCCGUGCCGGCAAGUUUGCCCUCAAGAUCUUCGUCAAGAAGAGGCAGGAACCAGGCAACUAUGUCUUUGUCUUCAAUUAUCUGCUGUGCUGCUCCAACACCAAGGUGAACUGGCCCAUGUUCCCCGAGAGCUUUGGCAACUGGGGGCAGGACAAUGAGCUGCUGGAGCCUCUGUCCGGUGUGCUUCCUGCCAACCGGAAUGUCCCAUUCAAGUUGAAGCUGCACGGUGUCGCCAAAGCCCUGGUGAAGGGGCAGGACACGUGGCCCCUGACCCUGAACGGCGAAGGCUACUGGGAGGGCAGCUGCAGCACAGCCGGCUGCCAAGAAGUCUACGUCAUGGUGCUGGAGAACGCCAACCACAGCUUCUAUUCCUACAUCCUGAAAUACAAAGUGAACGGCCAGUGAGGGCUGCGCCCGGCGCCCCCCAGGGAGGGCCCUUGGGAAGUGCAGCGAGCCCUGGACACCACUGCGUCUGCAUGAAACCCCUUCUAGGCCUCUGCCUCCGUCUCCCUGCUUUGCCGCAGGAGCUGUGAUGCUUGUGUUCUGGUGGCUUCGCUCCAUUGUGGUGAUGGCUGAGGGGACAGAGGCAAAGGCCCAUUAGAAGAAAAAGGUGCUAUGUAAAUCCAAGGUAUUGUAAACUGUACACCCCGCCCAGACGCCCCCUUCUCGUAUUAACACUGUUGUUGUUGUUAUAGGCUUGAUGUGGGAAAGCAGGGUGUUGCCCAGGCUGAGAGCUCUUCACGCAAUGGUGAGCGGUGAAUUCUCCUCGGGGCCCCAGAGGGACGUGAUUCACAAGGCUGAGUCACCCUGAAUUACAGAGCCCCUUCUCAGGAGCGUCCCAGUGUUUCUCACCCGCCCUGCACCCCAGGGAAGGUUGGACUAUCACUUUUUCUCCAGACCCAUGUCUUCCGCAUUCCUGCUGCCUCUUCAUUAGGUGCUUCUUGCUCUUCGAGAGCCUCCAGGGGGGAAAAGUGGGUGUGAAGAGGAAGCUAGCGCCCCCACACACACUGGCUAGAGGCUGGUGGCCCCCACAAUCCCUGCGCAUACUGGAAAUGUGGCAACAGAGCAAGUACGAGGAGACUGCAAAGCAGAGAUAAGCCAGUGCCCUCUCUUGGGUGUCCUGAGUCGAGGCACCCUGAGAUGGCAGUCCUGCACAGGGCCGAGUGCAUCUCAGUCCUGAGAUGGCAGAGUCUGCAGGAUGAGACCUCCGAAUCUGCUCUGAGGGGAACCUGCAGACCGCUGGAUCAGUUGUGGCUCUCCUGCCCAGGGAGCCUCAAGAGGCCUGCCAGCCCUUGGGAGCCUUGUUGAUGACCCUAAAUCCAGACCUGGGCAGGGAGGCCAGGUGAGAGAGCAGUGCAACACUGCAAUGCCAGGGAGACUUUCAUGAAACAGGGCUCUCCAGGCCCCCGGGAGUCCCCGCCAGCAAAGCCCCAGCUGGGGGGACCUCAGCCAGCCCUGGGAGCAGUUUUUGUGCAUGCCCCUAUCCCAUCUCCCUUCCUCCCUUUCUCUGACAAGAGAGAUCCUUGGGGUCCCACCUUCUGUGGGGACAGUUCAGAGUCCCUUGCUUGCUCAGGACUGAAAAGCUUCAACUGCCCAGCUGGCCCUCAGCAGCACCUCGGGCAGGCGUUGCCAUGGCAACAGUGGAAAGGCUAGCUGAAGAGGGGAGGAUGGAGAAUGCCAUGCGUGGCAGACUCAACGCCAACAAGGUGGUCCCUGCUGACCUCCUGGCUUCUCCAGCUCUGUAGCCCCUGCCUAUCUCAGUGCCCCCAACCCCCGAGGGCCCACACUGCCAAGACUCUCCCCCCACGGCUACUCCAGUUGCCCCCAGGCUCAGCUACAGCCAGGGCCUACCAGGAAUCCUCACAGCCUCUGCCUUCAUGCUCACAUUUAUAUAUUUAACCAGUGUUCAUGGGGCAUUUAAUAAGCACCAGGCACUGUUCUACAUGCUGGGGCUACAGAAGGAACCAAGAGGGCCCUGCCCCUGUCACCCCAGAGCUCAGGGUGGGGGGGCAGCAGUCUCUUCAUCUAGGCCUGCCCAAAGGUCCAGGCUCCCAGCACUUGAAUCCAUCACAACCCUGGGCUACCUCCCCGAAGGACACGACUGCUCCCCCAGCACGAACCUGGCCCAGAGCAAUGUUGCCACAGUGCCCGUCCCUCACCAGGCUAAGGCCCUGGAACUCCAGGGCAAUGCCCCCGUGGUGGUGCGGAGCUGCCCCGGCCUGUGUCCAGUGCCUUCUGGCAGGCUCUGCCACCCGGCAUUCAGCACCGUGUCGCUUGCCGGGAAAACGCACAAAAGCCCCAGAGGAGGAACCGCUGUGCACCCUGACAGGGAAACAAGGGGAGUUUUUACACCCUGAACACAGCCUUUUCUCACACCUUUGAUUUUAUGGGCUGAAAGAAAUGUGCUGUUUCAUCAAAAUAAUAAGUGCCUUCAAUGACGCAUGUCAUUCACUGGACCCUGAGCGGGCUGCCUUCUGCUGAGAAGGACACGCAUCUUUUAAAAACAAUAUACUUAAUCAAUAUAUUGUGGAGCAUGCAGAGGACACCGCCCAGCAAAAUAGGAGCUGUCCGGAGACGCGGAGACAGAGGUCGGCCUCUCAAAGUGCCUGCAGAGCAUCCUGUGCCUCUCCCUCAUCAUUUGAACAGGCACCCCACCCGCUUCCUAAAGACAGCUGUAGACACAGUCAGAAAAUCACCUAUAUUUCUUUCCACUGAAGUAAAAUUAUAUAAAAUGAAA